CUCCCACCGUCAUCCCUCAUUCUGAUAUGCCUCAAGCAGCCUUCGAUCCGACAGAAGUUGACACUACUAUUGAUGCUCAAAGCGAUAACCUGAAGUACCUCGCUGUCGUCAACCCCGUUGAUAAGGCUCACUUCAAAAGCCUUGUUGAUGCUACAGCAGCAGCCAAUGGCUGUGCCCUCAUUGCCUCGAUGGAUGCUGAAUGUAGAAAGACUAAGCAUAGGCCUGCAGCUCCACACAAGCACCCCAUUCCAGCACCUUCCACCAGUGAAAGCAGGAGCAUCCAUGAUGGAGGACUCACUGCACUCAAUGCCAAGUUUGAGAAGCUUGCAGCAGAACAAGCUAUCACGAAUGCUGAGCUUCGUCAAACGAACAAAACGAAUGCUGAGCUUCGUCAAACGAACACUGAGCUUCGUCAAAGGAACGCUGAGCUUUGUCAAACGAACGCUGAGCUUCGUCAAACGAACGCUGAGUUUCGUCAAACCAUUGCCGACCUUCACGUGGAGGUCACCGCUCAUGACAAGACAAUCAAAUUGCUUGCGAACCGGGCAAUAUUCGACGAGGCGCGUCAGCUUAUCGCAGAGCGCUAUGGGUUCCAGCUGGCUGAGCUACAGCCACGGCAGUAUCACACUGACAUUGACGUGUGGCGGAGCAAUAUUGUGGACACUAUACAUGCGUGCCUGUCUGACACGGACAAGGCAGUGCUGGACAAGAAUACUUUGGACGUGCUAUUUGACAGUGGGAGUGGCAGCGUCCGCCGACAGGGCAACCAUGCUGCUCAUUCGGCAACCAGGAGGAACAUGGGCGUCGCGGUGCUGUCGUCCGCUUUGACCCAGGGGCAGAGAGAAGCUCUGCGAAACUUGCAUAUGUUCGUCGUAGGCGAGGAGCCGGCGUUGUGAUUUGUUCUCAAAGUAUACCCCAUCGUGACUUGUAAAUACAUACCCGACUCAUUCCACAGCCUGAAAGAGGUCACCACGCUCUGCCAUGUAAUUUAUUCGCUUGAACGUGCACAAUUCUCCUCACAAUCGAUGUCUCGCAGGUUAUUGGGACAUCUUCGUGUUUGCACCAGUUGUACAUACAACAGUUAGCGUACGCUACGUUCGAGUAGUGACUACUGCAGGAUGCGUAUACUUUCAGGUGGCCCGAGGUAGCUCGGUUGUACACCGCCUGUGUCUGCAAUGCGGGAUUCAAGAUGUGCACUUCAUAGAAUUCAGAGAUGGUGA